CCCGAACGUUAAAACUGCCCUCUCUCUACCCAUUCGCCUCACUUGUAUAUAAACUUGCGCUUCCCGGCGAUAUUGAGAGAGAGAGAGAGAGAGAGAAACCACAAACACACCAACAACUAAAAAAAAAUUUCCGAUAAAUAAAAGUCCAAAGGAAAUAUUGGAAGCCAAACCGGGGAGAGGGGAAGAGAACUCUGAUCUGAGUGCUCUCUGGUAGAAUCUAUUCCGAUAGAUGGUGUGUGCGAGUGUGGACGGAGACGGAGAGAGACCGCGUAUAUCCGAGAAGGCCAUGGAGAUGGGAUCGGAGAGAUCGAAGGCUCUGCACAAUUUCACGCUGUCGAGUCUGAAGUGGGGGAACCAGAGGUACCUGCGGUGCAAGAAACCGAGUCCUCCGGACGACGUAGCCAAGGUCGAUCGGCGAUCUCCGGUUUCGAGGACGGAGAGCUCGCCAGCGACCCGGCGCAGGGAAUUAGAGAGGAGGAGGAAGAGGGAUUGGAAACCGGAGGAGGGGAUUGAGGCGGUGAGAGAGAAGCUGAUGUUUGAUCUGAAAACAGCAGCGAAUAAGAUGAAAGACGCCCUUAGGAAGGAAGUGGAGGAAGAGGAGGAGGAAAUUGAAGAGGAGGAGGAGAUGGGGGAGGAAGCGGACGAGUCGGCGGUAGAGGCAAUGAGGCCAUGGAAUCUAAGGACGAGGAGAGCGCAUUGUAAGGCUCCGAUUGAAGAAGGGAAGGGGUUGAGGAUCGGGGAGAGGAAGAAGGUGAAUUCGUCUUCACCGUUGAGGAGCGAUAACAAUGGCGGCGUGAGGUCGGCGAGGCUUAGAGGCGGAGUCGGAGGAGCAGCGGUGGAGAAUAAGGAAGAGAGGACCAAGUUGAUGGUGUCGCUGUCGAGGAAGGAGGUCGAGGAGGAUUUCAUGGCGAUUCUGGGCCAGAGGCCGGCCAGGAGGCCCAAAAAGCGGCACAUGACUGUUCAGAAGCAAUUGGAUUCGUUAUUUCCGGGGUUGUGGUUGUCGGAGGUUACGCUCGAUUUGUACAAGGUUCCUGAAUCCGCUGAGAACGACAAGAGGUAGUAUAAUGGGAAUGGCGGCCUGGAUGGAAUGUUUCAAAGCUUCUGUUUGCUGACUACUCGUAACUGGUGACUCUGACUAGUGGUAUACCACACCAUCUUUGUGAAUGGGAAACUUGAUAUAAGAAUUGAUUUCCCAGUUGCUUUUAAGUGCUAAUUUUUGUUAUGAUCAUGAUUCUUUUUUUUCUUUUUUUUUUCUUUCUUCUUAUCGGAAUAAAUGUUGUGUAAAGGAAAGAUCGAUGGAUGUAAUAGAUGAAAGAGAACUUUUUCGUUCUA